CAGAUCUACGAUGAUCUCGCGGUGCAAAAAUCACGGAAGGUAGCGUUUCAAAAAUUCAUUUUCACUAUUUAUACACGCAACGGUUUUCGAUCAAUUUAGCGAGCAAUUCCUAUUUUAUUUUCGCAAUUAGCCACAAGCACGUCACUUUGUGUUUUCGUUAUUAUUAAAUAGCUUCGUAUUAUCAUUAUUUGCACCAUUCUACUUUCCCCUAAAAUGCAUAUUCCUUUAAUAAGGCAGCAUCUAAGACGAUAGCUUAGAAGUAUAGAUUCCCCCUAGGUUGGAUUAUUUAACUGGCGCAUCAAUUCCUCCCCUCCUUUCGCCCUUCGAGUAUUAAGUAUCGCCGCGUUUGAUGAAUCGACGUGGCGUGCGAUGCGACAUCCUGUCAUUAGAAGUAAAAUAAUUUACAUAAGAAAAUGACAGAGCGCGAUGAGGGAAUAUUCAAAGAAAUUAUGUAGACCCGGUUCUAAGUUCUGACAAUAAAAAAUACUAGGAAGUACGUCAAAUUAAACCCUUAUUAAUACUUUAACUAUAGUCGUUCGCUUUGUUACGUACGUGGAUGGCAUUAGAACAGGAGCGUCGAUAAAUAUUUUAAUGCUUCAUUAAAGUCCUCGCGUUCUAAAGAAUUGCGGCUUCGUGAGAAAUGCUAAACGAAUACUAUUCUCGUGACCUCUGGACAGAAUAGAUCACCGAGAGUUUAAUCUACCAGUGCAACGUUAUUCUCAUCGAUAUUUCUGGAGAAAUUAUGGCUAAAAACAUGAAUGAUACAGAGCCUCACGUCGAGAUCAACCUUUUAGAUGACAAUCCAAAUUACAAGACAAUUAUGAAGGAUUUGUUCCUUUGCGGACAGCAUCCUCGUCAAAAGAAUUUCGAACGGGUAUUCCGUUCCGUUUUUCUAUCAUCCAGCGUGAUAAGCAUGCUAAUUCCUAUCUGGAUCCAUUUCUUAGGAUGUAUAAUGGCUAAAGAUAUGGAUGGAGUGUUGUACGCUGUACCAAUUUUGAACACGGAUAUACUUUCACUGAUAAAAUUGGGAAGCCUCAUCCUCAACAGAGAAAAAUUUCUAGAAUUACACGGUCUUAUAAUAGAGGAGUGGAAUACGGUCAAGACCAAAGAUGAAAUACGUAUUCUGGACACCGUUACUCGUAGAGGAAGUAAACUUGCGAACAUGUACAGAAUUACUAUCUUUAUGAGUGCGUUGGUACUUUCAAUAGUUCCAUUGUUUAGUCCUCUUCUGGAUGUUAUUAAACCGCUAAAUGAAAGUCGACCGCGGCCGCAAGUUUUCGAAGUAGAUUAUCUCAUAGACAACGACGAAUACUUUUAUCCUAUAAUGCUCCACCUCGCCUAUGCAUUGUUUAUACUCGCCGCAGUGAUAUACUCUGUAGAUUCUCAGUACAUGGUCUUCAGUCACCACGCCUGUGCAUUAUUCGCCUUAUGUGGGCACGAGCUUAAACGAGCAACGGAAAAUGUUGGUAACAAUAAAAACGCUGUUGUGGAGGACAUAUAUAAACAGAUCAGAGAUUGCAUACUCCUUCAUAAAAAAGCACUCAGGUUUUACGAAAUCCUCAAUGAUAUGAACCGAAAGGGAUUCCUGUUAACGAUCGGUAUGAAUAUGAUUUCUAUAAGCAUGACGAUGGUCCAAUUGGUCAUAUACAUGGAUCAACCAGCGGAACAAACCAAGAGUUUUAGUUUCCUCAUUGCCCAGCUGUUCCACGUGUUCUUCAUCAGCCUGCCUGGGCAAAGGAUCCUGGAUUACAGUUUCGAAUUAGCUGAAAAUAUAUACGGCUCCACUUGGUACGAAACGCCCAUCAGGGUGCAAAGAUUACUUCUCACAAUGAAGUUAAGAUGCAGCAUACCGUGUCAAAUAACUGCGGGGGGAUUGUACGACAUGAACAUGGAGAACUUUGGAAAUAUAUUCAAGACCAGCAUGUCGUAUUUCACGAUGCUGACGUCAGUGAGGGAAUAAUUCGUCAAAUUACCACUGUAACUUCGUAGUGGCCUUUACGUCAGAACAUGAUAAAGACAGACAAGUGUAAUUACUUUCAAUAUAAUCAAACAAAAUUACUGCGACACUCGAUGAACAUUAUUUUAUGAACUUGGAAGACGCUAAUGAGCCCGUGUAAGUAGAAAAAGUAGGCGAACUGGAAGGUAACACCAGAACUUUUUAAGGAGUCAUCUUCUCUGAGAAUAUAUAGUAUACAAAGAGUUAUCUCUUGAUAAGCUUCACAUAACAAAUAUGGACGAUAUUGCACAUGAUGGAUAUGUUUAUGUUAUAUAUAAUUCCUGCGGUACUCUUGAUAGUAGAUAAUUGUACCGUUAAUUAACAGUACCGAUUUAAUCCAAAUAUCAUCGAUUUUUAAGUGCCCAAAUCUUCGAAUUUAUAGCGUGAAUAGCUUAUUUAGCGCAUUUACAAACAGACACUUUCCUAAAACAAUAUCGUACCAAGGAUUUAGCAUUCGCUCAUCGAGACACUGAGAUCGCAAUUUCAAAAGCAAGUACAACCUAUUACAC